ACCAGCUACAAUAGAGCAAGUAUAGAGCCGCUCUCUUUAAUUUGCACACUCCACAUUGGCCACAAGCAGCCCACAAAGGCUUCCACACUGAUCCGAGUCAUAACCAAAUAGUCUGAGUGCGGAACCAGAAUCGGCGCUGUUCGUCCUCCGCGCUGGGAGAUAAACUUCCGACGGCACCAGAAGCUGGACCCGUCCGUCCCACGACUCAUCUCUCCUUACAAACCAGCCUGACCACCCCGGUGUUCGGUGCACCUGAGCGGGAGGGGGAGGGGGAUAUACGUGUACACUGGCCUCCCUCGUCCACGCCGGAGUGACUCGCAGUGCUAUGACCGGGAAAGUGGCGGAGAAGCUCCCUCUUACCAUGAGCAGUCUAAUAAACACCAUCCCCGACAGUCUGUACCCAGAAGAGGACGUCCCCACGUCUAUGAACAUUUUCACCAGCACGGAAUCUAUUAACCACUACGCUCAGAUGAACACGGAUAACAUCAUGGAUAUAGGCAUGGGAAGUGAGAAGGCAAGUGCAGAGAUUCAGUAUGGAUCCAGCUUCCAGUCCAACCGGAGUGGGCAGACUGUCACCUAUUUGGGCAAGUUUGCCUUUGACACACCGUCAUCGGGUGGCAUCGGCAGCUCUGGCUGGUGUUCUGACAACAACAUCAUCAGCCUCGUCAGCGCGGGAAUCCUUGGUGUCUCGCCGUCACCUGGCACGGUCAGCGCCCAGACGCCAUCCUCAGCAGCCAGCAUGGGUGGACAGAACUCUGACAUGGAGCAGGUUUACGGCCCGCCGCUGCCUGCCUACUCCACCUGCAGUGACCUGUACCAGGAUCAGGUGUCCUUCCACCACAGUCCUGCCACCAGUACAGCUCUGGCUUAUCCUGGCAAUGACUAUCACUCCACGUCCAAAGCCUCAAUGGAUGGCAGCCUUUUUUCCAUGAUCCCUGACUACAACCUUUUCCAUCAUCAAGGGGAAGUCAGUGUGAUGGAGCACAAGCCCUUUCAGACUAUGGACCCCAUUCGAGUCAACCCUCCGCCCAUCACUCCCCUUGAAACAAUCAGAGCGUUCAAAGACAAGCAGCAGAUUCACCCGGGUUUCAUCGGCGGGCAGCAGCACCCUCCUCCUCACCACCCAGCGCCGCAGACUCUGACGCUCAAACCCAUCAGACCACGGAAGUAUCCCAAUCGCCCGAGCAAAACCCCCGUCCACGAACGUCCGCACGCUUGCCCGGCAGAGAACUGUGACAGGCGGUUCUCACGCUCGGACGAGCUGACGCGGCACCUGCGUAUCCACACAGGCCACAAGCCCUUCCAGUGCAGAAUCUGCAUGCGCUCCUUCAGCCGCAGCGACCACCUGACCACACACAUCCGCACACACACUGGCGAAAAGCCGUUCUCCUGUGAGUUCUGCGGGCGCAAGUUCGCCCGAAGCGACGAGCGAAAGAGACAUGCUAAAGUUCACCUUAAACAGAAGGACAAGAAGCCGUCCGACAAAGGGAGCGGAGUGAUCGGGAGCCACAGCUCGCCUUCCAACUCCUGUGGAGGGCCCAUCUUGGGGACCUCAUGACCAUAACUACCUGCACUUAGAGUGGAGCCUGCCCCUUAAACAGACUCAGGACAAUGGGGCUGCAUCCAUCGUAAGACAACAAAACAUAGAUGACUUGUUCGCUCCUCUCUUUGGUUGCACUCCUUCCGUUUCGAGAUGGAUGCUUUUCAUUUCAGUAACAGGGAAGAGGCUGCAGUGCCCAUCAGAGAGAACCUUAGUACAUUCCGUCCAAAAAAGCCACUAUAACUAUCCUGGCUUUGCUGUGGUUCCACUUAAAUUUCUUAACUGAGAGGAAGCCAGAAUCUAUCACAGAGGUCAAAACAGACAAACUGAACAAAGGAGCAAAGUGAAAGGGUGAGUUGUCUGGGAUGUAUGCAGUGAUUUUACUAGGCUGUUUAAAAGUGCAAUUGGUUGUGUUUGUGUACUGUCACGGACACCUUAUAGUGGCACUUGUCUUUUUUGUUGUUUUAUUUCUUUUGUUGAAGUGUGGUGUUUUUUUGUGUGUGUGUAUUUGAAUGUUGUUUUCUCCAAUGAAUGUGCCAAAUGUAUUUUGUGGUAACUCA